CAGACUCACUCAAAGACUCGAAGUCGCUGUGGCAGAAGAUGGAUCUCUGGUUCCUCGUAGUCGUCACCCUCUCCGUCGCCGCCCUCCUCAGAGCCACCGUCAACCUCCUCUCCUCCGCCGCCAAGAAGAAGAGCCUCCCGCCGGGCCCCCUCACCUUCCCGGUCAUUGGCAACUUAGAAUGGCUCGGCAAGUCCUUGUUGGAGCUCGAGUCCGUCCUCCGCCCCCUCCACGCCCGCCACGGCCCGAUGGUCACCCUCCAUGUCGGCCCCCGCCCCGCCGUCUUCGUCUCCUCCCGGUCCCUCGCCCACCAGGCCCUCAUCCACCGCGGCGCUGUCUUUGCCGACCGCCCACCGCCUCCAGUCGCCACCCGCAUCCUCACCUCCAACAAGCACAUCAUCAGCUCCUCCUCCUAUGGCCCCACUUGGCGCCUCCUCCGCCGGAACCUCACGGUGGAGAUCCUCCGUCCCUCCCGCCUCCGCUCCUACUCCGGCGCCCGCGCUUGGGUACUCGACAUCCUCGUGGCGGAGCUCAAGUCCCAGCCAGGCGGCAUCGUCCGUGUGGUUGACCACUUCCAGUACGCCAUGUUCUGCUUGCUGCUCUUCAUGUGCUUUGGAGCCAAGAUCGAGGAGAAGCAGAUUAAGCAGAUUGAGGAGGUUCACCGACGGUUGCUGCUGGAUAUUCGGCGGUACGACGUGCUCAAUAUCUGGCAGCCGCUGAGCAAGCUCGUGCUGCGGAAGCGGUGGAAGGAGUUCUACGAGCUCUUGGAGAAUCGGAAACGCGUCCUCGUUCCGCUCAUCCGAGCUCGAUCCAAGGCCAAGCGAGAGCAACUGAGCAAAGCCAAGGAGGAUGGGAACAACGGCGAUGGCGAUUGGAUCCUAUCUUACGUGGACACGCUCCUGGACCUGGAGCUGCCGGAGGAGAAGAGGAAGCUGGAGGAGGACGAGCUGGUGAGCCUUUGCUCGGAGUUCCUCAAUGCUGGCACGGACUCGACAUCCACGAUGCUGCAGUGGAUCUUGGCGAACCUGGUAAAGUACCCAGAAAUCCAAGAGCGGCUCUACGAUGAAGUCAAAUCAGUCGUGGGACAAGGGGCGGAACAAGUGAAGGAGGAGGACCUGCGGAGGAUGGGCUACCUGAAGGCGGUGGUGCUGGAGGGAUUGCGCCGCCACCCGCCGGCGCACUUGGUGGGGCACGCGGUGACGGAGGACACGGAGCUGGGCGGGUACGUGAUCCCCAAGGACGGGAGCAUCAACUUCAUGGUGGCGGAGAUGGGUUGGGACCCGGUAGUCUGGGAGGACCCGAUGGUGUUCAAGCCCGAGAGGUUCUUGAACUGUGGCGGGGGCGGGGAAGCCGGUGAGUUCGACAUCAGGGGGAGCAGGGAGAUAAAGAUGAUGCCGUUUGGGGUGGGGAGGAGGAUGUGUCCCGCGCAUCAGCUCGCGAUGCUCCACUUGGAGUACUUCGUGGCGAACUUGGUGUGGCUGUUCCAAUGGCGGAUGGUGGCGGGCGAGGAGGUGGACCUGUCGGAGAAGCAGGAGUUCACCGUAGUGAUGAAGAACCCUUUGAGGGCUCAGAUUUGUCCCAGGAAUUUGGGCACCUGAACUUGGGAAAAUGUCUGUAUGUAAUUGGACUUGGCAGGCGAACCUCCGAGGUGUUUGCGAAAAUUCCUGAAUUACGGCCCCGUUAGCUUAGCAAGGUUCUUGGACUUAUUUGAUUGGGGAUUCUCGUCUUUAUUUUCAUUUUUUUUUUAGAAUCCUUAAGAAAAUGGAGGAUGGGUUUUAUCAAAAUAUAAAAUAA